GCAGUUUUCAACCAGUAUACAAGUGGAAAACUAUGAAGUGCUUUUUGAUAAUAAAGUUUUCAUUUCAGAUAAUCCGAAUGAGACGCAGGAAAUCUCGGUAAUCCCUUAUCAGACUACGUUUAUUUCAGCAAGAGCCAACUUUGAACAUGGAGACAAUCAGAAUGCUUAG